AUGUGGCGUUACGGCCCACGUGAUGAGAGAGCAUCAAGUCCAGCACCUGCAGAAUCCACAUCAGCAAGUCCAACAUCAGCGGCAGGUCCGGCACCAGUAGGUCCAGCACCAGCAGAACCUAAAUCAGCAGGUCCAGCACCAGCAGAACCUAAAUCAGCAGGUCCAGCACCAGCAGAACCAACAUCAGUAGGUCCAGUACCAGCAGAACCUACAUCAGCAGGUCCAGCACCAGCAGAACCAACAUCAGUAGGUCCAGCACCAGCAGAACCUACAUCAGCAGGUCCAGCACCAGCAGAACCAACAUCAGCGGCAGGUCCGGCACCAGUAGGUCCAGUACCAGCAGCAGGAAACAUGGCACCUGAACCCGACCUCAACACCUCCACCUGGCUCCGCCCCUGCAUUAACGCCUCCUGUCUGCCUCCGGUCACGGCGGUGUGUCCGUACAGCGCGGCUCAGCUGACCCUCAUCGCCGUUUUAACCGCCUCCCUCAGCGUGGUCACCGUCCUCGGCAACACGCUGGUGAUCCUGUCCAUCAAAGUGAACCGCCGCCUGCGGACCGUCAACAACUACUUCCUGUUGAGCCUGGCGGUAGCCGACCUGAUCAUCGGCCUGCUCUCCAUGAACCUGUACACGCUGUACCUGCUGCUGGGCCGCUGGCCCCUGGGGGCCGCCGUCUGCGACCUGUGGCUCGUGGUGGACCACGUGGUGAGCAGCGCCUCCGUCAUGAACCUGCUGAUCAUCAGUUUGGAUCGGUACCUCUGCAUGACACGGCCGCUCAGCUACCCGGCUCGGCGGACGGGCAGGAUGGCCGGUCUGAUGAUCAGCGCCGCCUGGCUGCUGUCCUUCGUCUUAUGGGCCCCCGCCAUCCUCUGCUGGCAGACCACCGGGGGCCAACGUGUGGUCCCUGAUGGACAGUGUUACACCCAGCUCCUCGCCAGCCCGGCGGUCACUCUGGGGACGACGCUUCCUUCUUUUUACCUGCCGGCGCUCGUCAUGAUCGGCCUGUACAGCCGGCUGUCUGACGCCAGCCGCCGCCGACUUAGCGCGCUCGGAUCAGAGCGAGGCGCGCUCAGGACAUGCAGCCCGUCCAUAAAAGACUUCCUUUUGAACAGGCGGAGACAUGUGACCAGUUACCCAGCCUCUGAUCUGUCUCUGAACCAAUCAGAGUCCAGCACUCCAAAGUCCAGAAGGAGCCAGAAAGUGUGCAGAAGUCCUGGUGACACCUCAGCCGGGGUCAGUCAGUCUCCUCAGCGGGGUCCCCCUCAGACCGCUGCCCGCCACGCCACGGACAAAGACUACAACAAGAUCGAAAACGACUCCUCGUCCAACACCGACCUCCACAAGACGGCCUCAGCGGUGUUCUCUGCCUGUCCCAGCUUCAAGUCUCAGGAGAGGCGGAAGCGUCGAGUGAUGGCGAGGGAGGGGAGGGUUACCAAGACCAUCCUGGCCAUCCUGCUGACCUUCAUCCUCACGUGGACGCCGUUCAACAUCAUGGCCGUCAUCGCCGCCUUCUGUCACGUCUGCAUCCCCGAAGUCCUGUGGACCAUCGGAUACUGGCUCUGUUACAUCAACAGCGCCAUCAACCCCGGCUGCUACGCUCUGUGUAACGCCACCUUCAGAAAGACCUUCUGCGGCCUGCUGCGCUGCCGCUGACACGGUGCGUGGCAGCUCAGUCUGCCAGGUAAAGGUCACCUGUGGUCCGUUGGUCACGUGACACGAGAUGGGACUGAGAACGUGGAGUUGUGAAGUGGUUGAAGCUGCUGCUGUAAACUUUAAUUAAUGACUCUCUUAGAGUCUCCCGCUCUAAAUACUACAAUACCCAUGAGCCUCAGCUGACGUUGCCACGAAGAAGUCGUCAUUGUGAAUCAGAGGUGCACAAAACGUCGCACCAGAGCUACUGAACUGACCUCAGAGUCGCUGCAGUCAGUUUCAAUCUCUGUGAUUGGAUGCGUGCUGCUGAAAAGCACCCUGGGAGUUGUAGUUGACUUCUCUCCUUCAGUUUUCAUGUUCACAGGCUUCUGGUACCUUUCUCUUGUCUCCUCGUCUCGUCUUGUUGCAGGAAGUCUGAACCUUGGACUAAUGUUUAUGUUAAAUAAUCCUCUGACUUUCUAUUCGGAAGCCUCUAAAACUAAGUGACCACAUUCCUGUUAGCCUCGGCUGUAAUUUGAAGAUUACUUCUAUUAUGGCAUGCUAACAUGCUAACGUAGCCUGACAAUCGGACUCAGGUCGUGUCUUUCACUUCUACAGAAUUCACACACAGUGAUUAUUCUCCUGGGACACUUUUCGCUCCGCCUGUAGAGCUAACCUACAGCCUGCGUUAGCAUCUCUCCCUGCAGCAUGUGUCGUGUUAGCUUAGCCGGAGCUAACGGAUGUCUUUUUAAGGUGGCAUGUGGUCAGGGAGGGAUGCUGGACACAUGCUAAUGCUAAAUGGAUGCCAUGUGUGAACAACUGCUGUCACACUUAAAGGGCCAGCGUGUAAUAUUUCUGAGGAUAUACAGACAGAAAUGCAAUAUAAGAUCCAUAACUGUUUUCAGUGGUGUGUAAAGACGUUACAUAAUGAACCGUUAUGUUUUUAUUACCUUAGAAUGAGACAUUUCUGUCUAAAUACACCGCGGCUCCUCUUACAUGGACGUCACCAUGUUGGCCGCCAUGUUUCUACAGUAGCCCAAACGGGCAAAUGGCGUGUUACAUCACUACGAUGAAGAAGAAGUCGUCACGUUUAUUAGAAGUAAGAAAAGAAGUGAAAUUUAGACAUGUAUUAUUUAGCACCGUAGCUUCUCCUGCUCGCUUGCAAAGGGAGGUGUGACUGAGCCACUGGU